AUAUAUCUAAUGAAUAUGUUUUCAGACCAUCUCAGUUUUUAACUUCUUCCUUAACUGUGACAACAACAAAAAAAGUCGCCGGUGAACACGGUCACACUUUUAUCCGUAACACCUGCGUCACAAUGUCCUCUUACACCUGCAUCAGUUGCAGGGUGGCUUUUGCAGACGGCGAGGUGCAGCGAGCUCACUACAAAACCGACUGGCAUCGCUACAACCUGAAGCGUAAGGUGGCAGACAUGCCUCCAGUCACCGCCGAAAACUUCCAGGAGCGCGUCUUGGCGCAGCGUUUAGCCACAGAGCAGCAGCUGAGCGACGCGGCGGCAACCGAGGGCUGCGGCGUCUGCAACAAAAAGUUCUCCAGCGCCAACGCCUACCAGAACCACCUGCAGUCCCACAAACACCAGCAGGCCGAGAAGCAGGCCCUGCUCGCCGCUCAGAGGAGAGUGGAGAAAAUGAACGAGAAGAACCUGGAGAAAGGACUCGGCGACGAGAAGGUGGACCGCGACGCCAGGAACGAGGCCCUGCAGCAGGCCCUGAAAGAGCAGCAGAGGUCGAGCGCGGCUCAAACGUCACAAGGGGUGGCGAGGCAGAGGACGGAGAAGCAGGAGAAACCUCCACGGUUGAUGUGGCUGGAGGAGCAAGCCAAGAGGAGAGAGAGAGAGGACGGAGCCACACCUGGGGAAGACGAUUGGGAAGACGUUGACGACAAUGACGAUGAGAUGGUGGAGGAGGAAGAAGAAGAAGACGAAGAAGAAGAAGAGGAGGCGAUGGAUCAGGAAGCGGCGGGUUCCGACCCCCAACCCGCCGCUCUGCCGGGCUCCAUCCCCGUCACAGAAUGCCUGUUCUGCUCCCACCACUCGAGGACGCUCAUGAAGAACGUGUCCCACAUGACCAAAGUCCACGGCUUCUUCAUCCCGGACGUGGAGUUCGUCAUCGACCUCAAGGGGCUCAUCCGGUACCUCGGAGAGAAAGUCGGUGCUGGGAACGUGUGCUUAUGGUGCAACGAGAAGGGCCGCUCGUUUUACUCAGCUGAAGCGGUACAGAGUCACAUGACGGACAAAAGCCACUGUAAGCUGUUCACAGAGGGAGACGCUGCUCUGGAGUUUGCGGACUACUACGACUUCAGGAGCAGCUACCCGGACAGGAAGGAGGGAGAGGAUGCAGAUAUGGGCGGGGACGAGCUGCCGGAUGACAAGACUUUCGAGUACGACGACGAAACGUUGGAGCUGACUCUCCCUUCAGGCGCCAAGAUCGGCCAUCGCUCCCUCAUGAGGUACUACAAACAGCGGUUUGGAGCCCAGCGGGCCGUGGCACUGAGCCACAAUCGGAACGCCGUUGGCAGAGUCCUCCGGCAGUACAGAGCUCUGGGCUGGGGCGGAGACGGAGGAUACGGCUCCCUCUAUCAGAAGCAGAGGGACAUGCAGUACGUUCAGAUGAUGAAGUCAAAGUGGAUGCUGAAGAUGGGAAUGAGCCACAACUCCACCAAGCAGACGCAUUUCAGAUGCCAAGUCAUGUUCUAGACCGGGACCGGAGGAAACCAGAAACGAGGGAUGUGGUGGAUUGUAACAUUUCAUUAUCUUUGCUGACGUCGAACACAGCUGCAGCCGGCUCCCGCACAACCGUCAUGAAAAUAUAUAAAACGUGUGUGUUUGAAAGAUCUGCAGCCGUGUUGAUUUGAGGUCUGCAGCUAAAUCCUUCAUGAGGAUACAUUUUUAACAGCUUUCUCUGAGUCUGAAAAUCUGUUUGAUUACAUUUUGUUUGAAGUAGGAAACCAAACAUGCCGACAUAUUUGUGAUGCUGCACACCUGAAGGUCGACUGUAAAUCAUCUGAAAUUGAUUUUUGUAAGGAACCUAGGUGUUGGCGAGAGAUUACAAUAUGGAGAUUACAGUAUGAAUCACAUUCACAAAAUUAAAGGUAGAGUCGGUAGCAUUUUAAGUUGCAGUUUGUAAACACAACAUUCAAACUGGCCCCUCCUCCUCCUGCAGGGUCAUCGCCCCCAGAAGCUCACACUCACUGCAGGACGUAGUGUGUACCUUUACUGCACGCUAGCACAAGCUCACUGCUGAUGUUUGUCCACAAAAAGGAGACCAACUCCAUGUCGCUCUUCAUCCCAAGCCGAAAGCGGGUGAAAGCUAACUUAAGGUUCACCCUCGUUUUGUUUUGGAACAAGCUUUCCCCUCACUGAUUCUAAUUUCUCUUUUUCUCCGGUUUGAAUUAAGCCCAAUCACUGAAUUGUAUCCGCUCCUAAACUCACCUGAGUGCUGUCAUUGGCUGUAGGAAACACACCAGCUCCGCCCACAAACGCCCCGAGUCAACCAAAACUAACUUAAACAGUAAAAUCCAGCGAGAGGACAGAGUCUCUGCAGACACAGUCACCACCACCACAUGUACGGAGGCCCAGAAGGGACGAUGGAGCAGCUUGACUUUAAGAUGCUACUGACUCUACCUUGAAGUCAAAUGAACAACAAAUGAACAAAGAGAGGAGAUGUUUGCUUGAUUUUAUUUCAUGUAUCAGUUGCAUAACACACAGGAUUCAAUCUUUAUGAUUUACUGUGCUGCUAAAACAUCAAAUAAAUGUUUUUCAUAUUUA